AUGAUGUCCUAUAUUGCUCUUGCUGCAUGCAUUGGAAUCGCCUUGGCUGCAAAUGUUGAACACGAUGUGAAGAGUGCAGUCAAUGAGGUUACAACUACUAAGGACGGAGACACUUAUUGUCCAGUCCCAUUGGUCGGAACCAAGUGUGGAACAUCUAGUAUCUUCCACUACUGGAAGUGCUGUGAAGAACUCAACAAGGAAUGCUGUUUCAGACUUCAGACCUGGGUCUGGGUUGUUCUUGCUCUUUUCGGAGUCAUCUUCCUCGCUUCCUUCGUUAUUUCUCUCAUCCGUUGUGUCUGCUGUCGCAAGUAA